CGGGAGGAGAGGGAGGAGGACGGGGAGCCGCCGACCGGCCGCGAGGUUGAGGCCGAACCAGAACCAGAACCGCUGUCGGUGUCCGAGUACCAGAGUCCGGUCCACGAGCCGAGGCGCCGAGCCAUGGUGCACCCGUCCGCCCAGGCUCCGCUGCCCAAAGACUACGCCUUCACCUUCUUCGACCCCAACGACCCGGCGUGCCUGGAGAUCCUGAUGGACCCGCGGACCUCCGUCCCCGAGCUGUUCGCCAUCGUCCGCCAGUGGGUCCCUCAGGUGCAGCACAAGAUCGACGUCAUCGGCAACGAGAUCCUGAAGCGUGGUUGCCACGUGAACGACCGCGACGGUCUGACCGACAUGACGCUGCUCCACUACAGCUGCAAGGCCGGCGCUCACGGAGUCGGCGACCCGGCGGCGGCGCUGCGACUCUCCAGUCAGCUGAUCUCUUUGGGCGCCGACGUCAGCCUGAGGAGCCGCUGGACCAACAUGAACGCUCUGCACUACGCCGCCUACUUCGACGUCCCGGAGCUGAUCCGAGUUCUGCUGAAGGCCGCCAAACCCAGAGUGCUGAACUCCACCUGCAGUGACUUCCACUACGGCACGGCGCUCCACAUCGCCGCCUCCAACCUUUGUCUGGGCGCCGUCAAGUGUCUGCUGGAGCACGGAGCCAAUCCCACCGUCAGGAACGAUAAGGGCCAGGUCCCGGCCGAGGUGGUCCCCGACCCGAUGGACAUGAGCCUGGACAAGGCGGAGGCGGCGAUGGUGGCCAAGGAGCUGAAGCAGCUGCUGCUGGACGCCGUCCCGCUGAGCUGCAACCUGCCCCGAGCAACGCUGCCCAACUACGACAACAUCCCCGGCAACCUGAUGCUGACCUCGCUGGGGCUGAAGCUGGGAGACCGAGUGGUUCUGGACGACAUGAAGCUCCAGAGAGACCAGAGCCGAGACGACAGCCCGGCUGCAAACCUCACUCAGAGCGGCACUUUGAGGUUUUGCGGCACCACAGAGUUCGCCAGCGGCCAGUGGGUCGGCGUGGAGCUGGACGAACCGGAGGGGAAGAACGACGGCAGCGUGGGCGGCGUCCGAUACUUCAUCUGCCCUCCCAAACUCGGUAUUUUCGCUCCAGUGUCAAAGAUUUCCAAAGCCGUGGAUCAGACGAACUCGUCCGUCACCUCGACCCCCAGAACUCCUCGCAUGGACCUGGCCUCCCGCCUGGCCGGAAAGACCAAGAAGGAGAAGGAGAAGAAGGAGAAGGAGCGGGAGAAAGCCCAGAGGAAGAAGUCCUCGGUGGCCAGUCUGGAUCCAGAGGGCCUGAACGUGGAGGUCGGAGACCAGGUUCUGGUGGCCGGACAGAAAAACGGCAUCGUUCGCUUCUACGGGAAAACGGACUUCGCUCCGGGUUACUGGUUCGGCAUCGAGCUGGACCAGCCGACGGGGAAACACGACGGCUCGGUGUUCGGCGUGCGCUACUUCAGCUGCCUGCCCAAAUAUGGAGUGUUUGCUCCGCCCUCCCGCGUCCAGAGAAUCGGAGGUCCUAAAGACGGCUCCCAGAGCGACGGCUCGAUGGUCAAGAAGGUCCACCAGGUCACCAUGUCGCAGCCCAAACGUAACUUCAACACGAUGCGUUCUCCUAAAGACCUGACCUCUGAGAGCUCCAUAUCCAGGUUGCUGUUCUGCUGUUGGUUUCCGUGGAUGCUUCGCGCUGAGAUGCAGUCCUAACCACGCCCUCCUCCUUCACCUCCUCCUC